AUGGCUGCUAUUACUCAAAAACAAGACGCUUCCACUGCCAAGAAUGGCGAAACCUACUCUAAAACUUCUGUCACUAAUGACACUGAUGGGAAUAUUUCAAUGGAUGACGGUACGGAUACUGCAGCUGCUACUGUGGGUGGUGAAGAACAUGUUGGUUCAAAGGUUAUUACUCGUUCUGUUAACUCCACUAUCGAACCCAGUACCACUACUACUUCUUCUGUCUCCCAAGACGUGAUGGUCUCAUUACACAAUCCAGCGCUUCAAACUUUAAUGCAAUCUCUGAUCAAGACUGCUAUUGAAGGCGCUAAAUCGCAAACUCAACUUGCGGAGACGUCAUUGUCAAGUAAGCUACAUAAGGCGGCUAGUACCGUUGCGAAGUUCGAUGGAAAGAACUUUUAUGACCCGGAAAAGGAUUGGGUUGAAUGGGUGGCAAGGCUCAGGAAUGUGGCCAUGGAUAUUGAUCCAAAGGGCCUUGAUGAUGCUACCAUGCUAGACCUUGCCCGUCGUACCUUGGUUGAUCGUGCACUAGAGCUGUUCUUAAGACACAAGGACGAGUUGAAAUCAUUGGAUGAUUUCAAGAAGGUGAUGAUGUCCGCAUCGACCAACUCUCCCUACUGGAAAUCGGCGAAGGCUAUUACGUCUAUUAGGUUCGGAGGGGAUGUGGAAGACUACAACCGUCGUUUUAAUAGGUUGAAGUCGUCAUUACCUGCCAACUUCUAUUCUCCAGAAGUUUUGGAUCCAUUCUUUUACUUAAUGGGGCUUGGGGAAACCAAUGCUGCUCAACUGUUAGGUGAAAUCGGAGAUUUGUCUAAGACGUUAGACGAAUGUCAACAGAUUGCUACGAACUUAAGUUUUAAGUUGAAGAGAGAGUCAUCUGAUGACUCGUUCCAUGCUCGUGUCGGUAAGAAGAGGAAGAUCAACCCGUUGGCUAACAGGAUCACGCCAAACAUGACUGCUAAGAGUCGUUGCUAUCGUUGUAACGAGACUGGUCACUUUGCUGCCAAAUGUCCAUCCAAGUCAAAAAACUAG